AUGUCAGAGCCUAUCAGGAAUAAGAAGGCUGAUUUCCCAGUCGCUCCAACCCCACAGAAUACACCUGCUAACAACGCUCCCAUCUCUUCUCACGCUCAGCAGCCAGGUGUAGCCAGCAUAACUGAAGCCGCGAGUCUUUUUGCGAAGAACCCAGCUCUUAUUUCAAUGAUCCAAGGCAGGCUGGGCUCUCUUGUUGGCCGCUCGUCAGGCUAUAUUGAAUCGCUGCCCUUGCCAGUCCGCCGUCGUGUCGCCGGCCUGAAGGGCAUCCAGAAGGAUCAUGCCAAGCUCGAAGCUGAGUUCCAGGAAGAGGUGCUCCAGCUGGAAAAGAAAUACCUCCAGAAAUUCACACCGCUUUAUCAACGACGUUCUGAGAUUGUCAAUGGCGUUGCUGAACCUACCGAAACCGAAGUGGAAGCUGGCGAAGUCGAGGUCGAAGAAAACACAGAGGAAACCGAGAAGGAGGCCGAGGAGAAACCCGAAGCUCCAUCCGAGGAAACCAACGUGGCUGGUAUUCCAGAGUUCUGGCUCUCAGCCAUGAAGAACCAAAUUUCUCUAGCCGAGAUGAUCACAGAGAGGGACGAGGAAGCUCUCAAGCACCUUAUCGAUAUUCGCAUGGAGUACCUUGACCGGCCCGGUUUCCGCCUCAUAUUUGAAUUUUCCGAGAAUGAAUUCUUCACAAACAAAACGAUCUCCAAGUCAUACUUUUACCAGGAAGAAAGUGGUUACGGUGGCGAUUUUAUCUACGACCAUGCCGAGGGCGAGAAGAUCGACUGGAAAGCAGACAAGAACCUCACUCUUCGCGUGGAGAGCAAGAAACAGCGAAAUAAAAGUACGAAACAAACCCGUGUGGUGAAGGUUACCGUUCCUACUGAAUCUUUCUUCAACUUCUUUGUUCCACCGAAACCCCCUACGGAUGAAGAUGAUGAUGCUGCCACCGAUAUCGAGGAGAGACUAGAGCUCGACUACCAGCUCGGUGAAAAUAUUAAAGAGAAGCUGAUCCCACGUGCAAUUGACUGGUUCACUGGUGAAGCUCUUCAAUUCGAGGAAUUCGGAGAGGAUGUUGAGGAGGAUGACGAGUUUGAUUUUGAUGACGAAGAUGAUGACGAAGACGAUGAUGAGGACAGAAGGUCUGAUAAUGGUGACGAGGAAUCCGACGAAGACGAUGACGGAACCUCGAAGCCUAAGAAGGAAGCUGCAGAGUGCAAGACAAGCUGA